AUGGAAGCAAAUCUCAAACUUCGGCUUGAUGAGAAAGAGAAGUUGGCCGAUCCAACAUUAUAUAGAAGAAUAGUGGAAAAGCUACAAUAUUUGAUCAUCACAAGGCCUGAUAUUUCCUACUCAGUAAACAAGCUAAGCCAGUUCUUAUGCACACCUAGAGUCACUCAUCUACAUGCAGUACAAAGAGUUCUUCAAUAUGUUAAGGGGACUUCUGGAGAAGGAAUUUUCUUUGCUCCUGAUUCUGAAGUGAAGUUACAUGCCUAUACCGAUUCAGAUUGGGCAGCAUGUCCAGAUACAAGGAGGUCAACAACUGGCUUUUGCAUUUUUGUUGGAAUAUCCAUCAUCUCUUGGAAAAGCAAGAAACAACACACGGUUUUAAGGUCCUCUGCAGAGGCUGAAUACAGAGCAAUGGCUAACACCACUUGUGAAGUGGUUUGGCUUCUUUCUAUCCUCAAAGAGCUACAGAUUGAACAUGAAGGACCUACUUUACUCUACUAUGAUAACAAGUCAACCCAACACAUUGCAGCAAAUCUGAGGCAGUUUUUAAGCCCUUUCAACGUCGGAUUUCGCGAAAUUCGCUACCGACGCUGA